UAAUUUUGGCACCUUAGGAGCUCAGAGGGUUGCAGAUGGCUCCGCUGCGGAACGCAGAGCUGGUUCAGACCUCCCUGCAGCUGUAUCGCUACCUGCUCCGGUGCUGCAGGCAGCUGCCCGAGGAGAGCAUUCGUCAGCACUACAGGCAUGCCAUCAGGCAGAGUUUCAGAGUUCAUGCUGAUGAGGAUGAUCCUGAGCGAAUCCAGCAGAUUAUUAGGAGAGCCAUUGAAGAUGCUGACUGGGUCAUGAAUAAAUAUAAAAAACAGAAGUAGAAAGGGAAUGAUGAAGACAAGACUGAAAUUGAUGACCAUCUUUAGAGGACUUGCAGUCAUCAAGCCCAGGACUUACUGCUUGGAGUUUUCUCUUGGAUAAUACAAAUUUAUAUCUCACUGCAGUGUCAUGAAGCUAAAUUGAUGUUUUGGGAGCUAUUUGAGUCUGUAGAUUAAAAGUCACAAUCUAGGUUCAAAGUAUUGGCUUCUAUAGUCACAAGCUUAGGUUAAAGACCAAACUUGUCUGAACUUUGAGUAUCACAGAACUUCUCAAGACAGCUUACUGGAAAUGAAAGUGUAAUGGAGCACAAGUCAGUAACAAGUCAUGAACUGU